AUGGCCGCUGAACUGACCUCAACAAAGCUCAACCCUGAGAGCCAUCUCAUUCUGGACCAACCACUUCUACGACUCCCCCACGAACUAGCCCGAAGAAACUUCAAGACAGUCCAACGAGUUAUCGAACGAGAAAAAGAAAAUGUCAUCCCGGCUCUUAAAGAAGCGGCCAACGCCUCAUUAUCCAAUACCCACACACCUGAUCAGACACUCGCUGCUCUCGAUGCUAUGAUCUCCCGAAUGCAGGGCCUGAAGCGAAAGAUGGAAAGUCUACAAGAAGAAGAGAGACGCAUUCACACUCAAUCUCGAAAGCGCAUACAUCAUCUCGAGGCACUUCAUAAAAUCCCGAGUCUAGCGGACGUUAAAUAUGAUCAAUGGUCGCGCGUCCGAUUAGAUAGGCUGUUAGUUGAUCAUAUGCUUCGAUCGGGGUAUCCGGAGAGUGCCAAGCAGCUUGCGCAGGAACGGGAGAUUGAAGGCCUCGUCGAUCUGGGGGUCUUCACUCAGUGCCAGCGUGUGGUCGAGAGCUUACGUCGCGGAGACACCAAAGAGGCAUUGCAAUGGUGUGGAGAGAAUAAAGCGGCGUUGAAAAAGAGUCAGCACAAUCUCGAAUUCGAAUUAAGGUUGCAGCAAUACAUUGAACUAGUCCGGACGCAAGACCAGUCGAAGAAAUUUGAAGCUAUCCUGCAUGCGAGGAAAUAUUUAACCCCUACCCAAGAGUUACAAAAUAAUAGUGAAAUCAUGCGAGCUGCAGGAUUGCUCGUUUUCAGCCAGAACACCCAUGCGGAACCUUACAAGUCACUGUUCUCUCAAGACAGAUGGAGGGUUCUAUCUGAACUCUUCGUGAAAACCCACCAUGAGCUCCUGUCAUUACCGUCACAGCCGCUUUUGCACAUCGCUCUAUCUGCCGGCUUAUCCGCAUUGAAGACACCACUGUGUCACUCUGCGUACACAUCAUCCAGUUCGAAUUCCCAAUCAACAAGUACAUCGGUAUGCCCGAUUUGUUCGACGGAAUUGAACGAUUUGGCUCGCAAAGUGCCAUACGCCCACCACUCCAAGAGUUACGUAGAAGGUGAUGCUAUUGUGCUUCCAAAUGGCCGGGUCUAUGGUAAGUCGCGAUUGAUGGAAAUCAGCAAGAAUCUCGGAGUAGUGGAGAGAGGCCAGGUUAAAGACCCGACGACAGGUGAGGUCUUUGAUGAGAGCGAGAUGAAGAAAGUGUACAUACUAUGA